UCAACAUCUUUCUAACUAGAUCUUUUAAAAUGUUUUCCUGUGGUUCGUCUGUUUCCAUUGUACUUACUUCGAUUUGUUUUGCUUAACAGGAACUGAAUACUUCUGGAUAUCGCGGAAGUGCUUGUUUUGUGGUGAAUUAGAAGAUAUGUAAUUGAAACUAUUUGAACUGUUUGUCUAAAGAGUUAAACUGCUUCUGAGGUGUGAUGGACUCGACCCUGUCUCUUCAAGAAAUGAAAGUUUGUUGGUCUGUUUUAAUAAGUGUCUACGUUUUCGUCCGUUAGCAUACAAGAGUUUGGAGUAAAAGAAUGAAAAGGAAACGUAUUAUCCAUGGAAUAGAAGUUGUAAAUGUAAGUGUAAUAUUUAAGUUACUAUUUCUUCCGAAAAAGUUCAUUUUCAAUGUAUUACAAAUAAUGUAAUUAAAAAUAGAGGAUCCCACUAGGUUACUUAGGUGAAAAUAUUCUUAUUAAAAAAUGAAAACAGCUGUUUUACAGGAACCAAUUCUUUUAAAUGUUCCUACAGAAAAUACCAAUUUAACUGAAAGACUUAACAACAAAGUGUUUAACUAUCAUGUCAGUGAAUACAGUGUAAGAAAUAUUUCUGAUUUUCAAAGACCCAUUAUUUACUCCGAUACUGGUAAAGCAAUUAAACUACUUCAUUUAGUUUCUUAUUUACAUUCUUUAAGAUCUUAUUUUAAGAACAAAAUAAAUAUUUAUUUUUGUGACAAAUGUCUGAUUCAUUUCAAGAAUGUGAUUUUGUUUGAAAAAUAUGAAUCUUGCAGUUGCGUAAAUGGCACUUCCUCAGCGUCUUUAAAAAUUAUAGACAUAAUCAAUUUAUUAUAUUCUACUGUUUAUCCUCUAGAACCCAAAGCAUGUAUCAUGGGUUGUUUGUGUAAAGAGACAGUUCUUAAGAAGAAACGGUAUAUGCUUUGUGGUUGCAUUUACUCCCACAAUCACCUUGACCACAAUAACAUUCUUAAAAAAAUUGUUAAAGCUGAAAAAAAAAUAUGGAAUAAGAUAUUUGAUGUUAGUUCGUUGAAAUACUCUUCUGGUGAAAAAAUUUUGGACAUGCUACACAGGUUUAAGAGUCAUAAAAAUUUUGAGGUUACUCCUCGUGUAAAUAAUGUUUCAUAUCCUGAACUUUAUUAUUUACAAAUUGAAUUUUAUAAAUUGUGUGACCCUUUGUAUGAAAAAUGCAUUAGUGUUUAUUGCUAUUUUGUUGAUGAAGUUUCAGUUAAUCAUCAAAAAUAUUUUAUCAAUGCCUGUAGUUUUAAAAAGUUGACAUAUCCCAAUCUUCGAUAUUACUUUCGUUGUUUUUUAUCUUUGUACAUAAGAGCACUAAGUACUGAUUUAGUUGAUGAUUGUGUAAACUUUAAAUUAUUAAGACAAAAGUCAUUGUUUUUGUGCUCCAAUUAUUCCGAGUUUUUGUUAUUUUUUGGAUUUUUUUUUUAUUGCCUCAAGGUACUAAGGUUUCCCAAAAACAAAUCAUUGCUUGUAAGUAAAAUGAUGUCGAGAUGUGUCGACAAGUGGAAAAGAAGACAUUUAAUUAAAGUUCUUUGCCAAAUUUGCAAUUUAUAUAAUAGUAAUUUCAAUUGUUCAAAAAUAAUAUCAAUGGUUAAAUGUGAAAUAUUUGGUCCUGUUUGCAUUCAUGAAGACUAUGAUCAAGUUAUUAAAUACCUUUUGUCAAAUGAUGAUCUAUUGGUGAUUAAUAAUAUUGAAAGCUUACAUAUUUUAAAGAAGCGAGGUAUGGAAAAGAUAAGUGCACUACCAAAUUUGUUUGAUUGUAAAAAUAUUCAUUAUAAAAAUGCUGUUAUUUUAAACACUAGCAAUUGUUAUAAAAAUGUUGCAUCUUCGUAUAAGAUUGCUGGAAGUUGUUCAAAAAAUAAUCUUCUAGCUUUAACUACAGGAAAAGAAGAAAUUGAUGUCAUUGAUGGCAUUAAUAUCUUUAGCUUCGAAAGUGAACCUGAUAUGAUGGAGUUUACAUUGUUCCAAAAUAAAAAAAUGGGCAUUGAAGGUGGUCUUAUUUCAGAUAGUGUGAACUUAUCAAAUUCUGGAAGGAUCGUGCCCACUAAAACCCGCGAUAUUACUAAAAUAAAAGGAUGGAGAAACAAAAUUUUUUGUAUGAACAAAACUGAUAGGAAUCAUAUCAACACCCUCAAAAAUGUGGGCACUAGUCCAGUGAAGAAUAAUCUUUCUGAUGAGUUUAAAAACACUAGUCCUGAGAUUAAGGAAGAACUCUUAGACGAUAGUUUUGAAAUAAAGAAAGAAACAGAAAUUGAUGUUAGUGAAGAAUUUAAAACUGGAAAUAUUGGUAAUGUCUCAGAAAAAGAAUUAGACGUGUCAAAAUGUAAAGCGAAAAAUUUAAAUGGUAUUGAUUACAUUGUCAGUAGUCUUAAAAGUAUGUACUUGGAUGUUUUAUCAAAAGAUUUUGAUGUUCAGGAAAUUUUAAAGAAACUAGAAACCAAUAAAGGAAUUUUUGAAAGUUCUGUUUUAGAUAAUUAUCUAAAUAAUCGUACUGAAUUAAAAAUUAAUUUUGACAUUCCUCAACCUUAUUACACCCGAUUUUCUAAUGAUAAACGACCUAUUCCACAAAUUCUCCCUGAUAUUAAAAUGGCUCCACCAAAAAUUAAAAAUGAAGAAAUGAAAGAAAAAAUAAAACAGCUCUCUUCAGUUGAUUUUAUUAAGAAUAUGCAAGGUGAUUUAUCUAAAAGGAAGUUUAUUUGGGUCCAUGGUAGGCCUAUUAUGUUAGAUCACGAAACCAAAAAAGCUCCAUUAAAUAGCAGUACCAAAAAACGCAAUGCCAGUAGUGAUUCUUUAUCCGAAGUAGACGAUGUUGAGAAAGAAGAUGAUGUUAAACGAAUGAAAAUUACUAAGCAGUUAGAGUUCUCUGAUUCCCUUCUUUCUGAUAGCUCUGAAUCAAAUCAAUCUGAUGAAGUUGAACCUCGGAAACCUUAUUUGUCGUUGCUGAAUAAAUGUCAGAUUGAUGAUGUAGAAGAAAAAUGUAAUGCAUCCACUAAUUCAUUACCAAGACAUAAAUUUCCAUUGGUUUUUCCCUGUACUUCUGUUGAUGAUGAACACAUUGAUUGUGCUAAAUUUAAUCAGACACAACUUGUUAUGGUAGUUAAUAUUGGUUAUAAUAGACCAUUUCUCAGAGAAGUUUCUAACAAUUUAGAAAAAUUAAAGAAAGAUACAGUGAUUAUAGAUGAUAUGUGGGCACAUAUAGCAGCAUCUGCAGUCUGUUCUAAUAGAUCUGCUAAAACUGUUACAAGAUAUUUAGUACCAGUUGUAUCAGAGCCAUUAAUUGAAGUUGUUAAAUUUAAUAUUGAAAACGUUUCAACAAAUAUUGGAAACUUGAAUGAACUAAAUGUUUGUUCUGUAUAUCGUAGUAUUUGUGAUUCACGAGCAUUAAAAGAAGAUAAAACAGAUGCAGUUGAGGUUGAAAUUAAAGAUAUUGUUGAUGAUAUCGUUGAAUACGUAGUAAAGAGGAAUGAGUAUGAGUUAUUCAACAUUCCUUAUGACCCAGAUGUUCCCGACCCUAAGUUAACUAAAAAACUUCCUGUUAAAAAAGUCAAGAAAACUAAAGUGGAAAGAGAAUUAAAGAGACUUAUAAAUGUAACUUUGGUUGAUAAUCGCCAUGGAAACGAAGGUGCUACUGGUAAAAGCUCAUGUGGCAAUGAACAUUGUUUAAAAGGUUGCAUUUGUAAUAGCUUAAAUGGUAAACUGACAAGUUUUCAUUGUGGGAAGUUAGGAUGUAUGUUUGAAUGUUCAUGUGAUUCUAAAAGUAAUUAUACGUUUAAAAAUUUUAUGCAGCAUGGAAGAAAUGGUACUUUAGCUAAAGAUGAGUCUAGUUGGCACCAAACUGUAAUCUGUCAAAAUAAUGAAGUAGUAGAGGUGAAGGCUGGAGCUGGUAAAUCUAAACGGGAAAAAAAGUUACCAACUAGAUUUCGUAAUAAUGUUUUGUUGGGUAAAGAAAUGAGUUGCUUGGACAUAUUUCCUUCAAGUCCUGAAAAUAAGAAAUCCCCAUCUCCUAACAAGGAUAAAGAAAUCAAAAGCAAAGAAUCCAAAAUUAAGGAAAAAGAUUUCAAAAUCAAAGAGAAAGAUAAGGAUACCAAAUUUAAAGAAAAAUCGGCUAAAAUGGCUGAUAGAGAUAAAGAAAUAAAAACCAAAGAAGAUAAAAUCAGAGGAAAACAUAUUGAAUUAAAAAGUAAUGAAAUUUGUGACAGUAAAAUUGGCAAAAUAUCAGGUAACAAAAUUACUUUACCAUUAAAAACUAGUGGUAAAAAGGCAGAUAAUAAAAAUAAAGCUUUAAUAUCAGCAAAUUUAAAUCAAAUAUUAAACCAAUCAGAAUUAAAGAAAAUGGCUAAAAUGUGUGAUGAUGAAAGAAACCAAAUCUUAACUUUGGCGGAUGUCUUUGUUUGGUGCUCAAUUCAUUUUCGGUACAGUUGCUCAUGUUCUGCCCAAGUAUUUAUUUUGAAAAGUAACAGGCUAGUAUGGAAACCUACUGCAAGCAGAACUCAUUUAACUUCAAAGCAUAUGUCUGAGAUUGUAAUUAAUAAAUCAAUGCCCAAAUACCACAUUUACGACCGAAAUGCUUAUUGUGCUAGAACCUAUGGAUCUGUAUUUAAUUAUAAGUUAAGAAAUAGUAAUCCUGUUUUUAAAUCUAAAAGAUCAAAUGAAAUAGUAAAUGAUGUACUAUCAAAUACUAAUAGCUUUUUAAAAAUUGACUAUGCUUCUAUUAAUACACAACCACGUAAGAUCGAACCAAAAACAGCAAAAGAGUCUGACACAAUCAUACCUCCCAUUAAAAUGACAUCUAAUUGGACUAAACAACUUAUCAAUAAGCCACUUUUACCCCCAAAUAUCAUUCACAAUGUUACUACUGAAGUAAAAAAUCGAAAAAGAAAAGAGCCAGAUGAUGAAAGAGUUAUUGAUGCAACAAAACCAGGCUCGGUUGUUAUUACUAAUAUUAAAGAUGAAAUACUACUACAAAAUGCAAAAAAACGUUAUAGAAUUGGUCCUGCACAUUUUGAUGGUAAGGGAAAUUAUAGAUCAAUAACAUGUGGCAUUCCAGCUAAAACUAUUAUCAAACAGGCAUCAAGCGACAGUGCCCCUAAUUUAUUGGACCAAGAGAUCAUAUCUUCAUUGAAUGUAAAAGAGGCCAAAGAUGUUGAUAAUAACAAACCUUUGCCUAAGUAUGGUUUAUUAUGCCUAACUCAGGGAUUUGGAUACUUGCCUGUUAAAGAAUUCACUCAAAAGAAAUUACAAGUUCAGGAUCCUUUAAGUGAACAUGUCUUCCACUGUUUUAAGGAUAUAGAGUCAGCUAAUAAAUGGCUUAAUAGGUUUUUUAAAAAUCGUAUUGUAUUUGAAUCACUUGCUGUCAAUCUUAAAUGGGUGAUUGUCAAACCAGGCAUAUUAAAACAUUCUCAGCUGUUUGAUAAAAGUUUAUUAGAAAAUCCAUCAAAAAUCAUUAACAAAGAUGGAUUUCUUGUAGAUAUUACUAAUCUCAAUCAAAAUGUUUCUAAGCAGUAUGUUAUUAAUUCUUCGUUAGAAAUAAAACAACCCGAUGAUCCUUCUAAAACAAGAAUAAUAGUUGAUGCAACUGAACUUAAACAUAAUGGUGAUGAGAUUCCUUUUAAGAAAACCAAAAUUUCUUCUGUUUCUCUAUUAGAAAAAAAUGUUACUUCCACAAACCAGGGUAUUGUUAUUAAUUCAAAUCUUAUUAAAAAACCAAAUGCUUUCUUGCAAAGAACAAAUAUCCAGGAAGAUCAUUUUGGCAAAAUCAAUAAAACACCUUCUCCAAAUGGGAGUAGUCAUAAGGCAUUUUUUAGAUUAAGCAGUGGUUCUAAUUCUUCGAAUGAAGGUUGUUUUAUACCUCUCGUACCCACAAACAUUUCUAAAGAGUCUUCUUUUCAAAUUAAAAAUAUUAAUGAAAAUAACUGUAAAGAAACUGAACCUGCUGAUCUAUUUGUUAACAGAUCAAACAAUAGUAAAAGUUCUAAUGCAAUUUCUAUCACAGAAUUUUUAAAACAGUCACAACAACAGAAUUUAAUAAUAAAACGUAUACCAAAAACUGUGCCAUUUAAUAGUAAAGCAUUGGCUGGAAAAAGUAUUUUAAAAACUAAGUUCAAAUAACUUAAAAAAAAAAAAUACAUCUAAAACAUUCCCAGAAGAAUAUAUUAAAUUUGUAAAUAUUUAAUUAGUGUAUAUUAUAAUUGAAGCAGGUUCUUUAUAAUGUAAAUAUUGUAAUUUAUGUGAAAAUUGUAUUAAUGUAUAUAGUGUAUAUUAAUUUUAAAUAACUAUAUAUUGUAAAUAAUAAGUAGUUAUUGUUUUAAUGCAAAGUGUAUAAUAAUAUUGAUUAUUGUGUAUAAAAGUGUUUUCUGUAAGUUGCUUUUAAUUUAGCAAAAUGAAUUGUUUGAAAAAAUUGUAUAAUGUGUAUAGUUUAAAAUUUUAUUAUUUAUGUGUACUCAUAAUAAUUGGAUACAAAAUGACUAAUAGAAUCUUAUAUUAAAUAUUCCUAUUUUGAGUACUUUUUUAUGAAUAUCCUAAUUUUAAUAUUUACUGGGCAGAGCUCUAGUUAUUCAGGGCCUAAAUGUUUGAAUUUUAUGAUUCAGAUAUUUUAAAUCCAUUCCUUAAAAUCUGUAAAUAUAUACAUAUAUUUUCUGUAACUAGAAUGAAAAUUGGUAUUCAGUUGUGAUAUUUGUUUUUUUAUGCCCAUUUUUUGGUUUUUGUAAAAGUUUUAUUUUUAUAUUGAGAGAAAGGUACCUGUAAAGGAUUUUUGGCAGUUUCAAUUAUAUUGUUUUCAAAUAAAAGCAACACAUUAUUUCUUUUUACCUUUUAUUAAUGUGUUAUCUUUGCAAAUAAUUAUACUUAUAAUCAACAUGUUUUAAAUAUAUACAUUAAUUUUUAAAACUAUCAUUAUUUUUCCAAAUAAUAAUUUGUAAGGGAUAAUCAUGGUGAAAAUAUAUA